ACGGGAGCAAAAUCUUUCGGUCAUUCAGCUGCUGGGCUGUAUACACGUGAAAAGCAGUAGUUCGUCAAAACGAUUUGGGGACAACCAUCAGCAUGUUGGAAAUUGAAAAGAAUCUUUGGCCGUUGACACUUUGGUUGAAUGUUUUUGGCUUCCACAUGGGCCCGAGAAAAGCUGGAACCAAUCGUUACUGCGUUUGGCUUUUGAUAACCGGAUCUUUGAUGGUAAUCUCAACAGUUGGUCUUCACUGCACAUCGUUCGUUCGCAGCUUUUUGAGAUUUAGAGCCAACGGGAUCGUUCUGAACGGUACCAAUUUAACGACGGCCAAUAGGCUUAACGUCGGCAUCGAACAUCUCAAUUACACCUGUGUCGUCGUCGGAGUUCACGUCACCUUCUUUUUCGUUUCGCUAACAUCCAACUGGACGUCGUUAUGGAACUCUUUGCUGGUCAUUGAAGAAAACCUGAAAUUCAAUCCAAUAUUUUAUCGCAAGUGCAAGAAGUGCGUCUUGAUUGGAUUCACCGUUCUCUUUGUCGAUUGCAUCAGUCAUUUAUUCAUUUCGGUUGGCUCGUUUUACUGGGACAUGGGCUUCUUAAGCCCGUUGGCCAUAAUCCUGUCCAACGUUUCCAGGACGAUCAUCAUCAGCGUUUUCCUGCUCUUCUCUGUCCUGGCCAGAGUAAUCACUCUCGUGUUCCAGGAUAUCAACGAGCAGAUCGCCCGUCUAGACGAAAUUGAACAAGUCACGUCCGUUUGUUCGACCAGCAGGAUCUUAAACGGCCGUUUAGAAACGUGGCGAAGAAAUCACACUUUAGCCUGUGAACUGGUCGACAUGGUCAACAAAUGUUUCGGUCUGGUCAUGCUAAUCACGUUGGUCAAUAUUUUCGUGAGCUUCGUGACCACUUCGUUCGAGAUCGUACGUUCCAUGCAAGACGACGAAACGCUACCAUCGCUACUCAUCUUCAUCUUUGUCAAGAAAACCAUCUUAUUGAUUCUAAUGUUCUACGAGCCCUACCGAUUACAAGCCGAGACUGGCCGAACAGCAUCAGCACUCCGGAAGCUCCAUCCUUUUACUGCUGAUCUCUUCACUCAAAUUAAAGUAAAUACGGUAGUGAUGGAGGUGAUUCACGCAUGCCCUAGGAUUACGGCCAUCGAGUUUUUCGAUGUCAACCUCAAACUUUUACCAACGCUGAUUGGCAGCACGCUGACUUACGUGGCCAUCCUCCAUCAAGUUGCAUCACAUUCAAAAUAAAUGUUUUUCCUUUUUCCCUACUACUGUCAUCAAAUGAAUCGAUGUUGGAUUCGUGUUACAACUUAUAUCAACCCUUCCGAAAUAAAUUGUCCAUUUAAGCAAAGAGUAUGUUAUUCAGCUUUCAAACUUAGCCAUCAACUGAGUUAAACGCUUCUUUCAAUCGCGAUCAUUUGCUGUCCAGAUGUUGCCGGGCAUCGGUGUCCGUCUUCCCGAGUGGAAGAGGAAAUGCGUCGGAGA